AGCCAGGAGAGAACCUGGGCUAUAGCUCGCCGCCCAUCUCCUCCAGACAGGUGGGGAGAUGUGCAGCCGGGCGGGUGUCUGACUCACCCGGCUGCCGUGAGGGCAGGGUGGAGAAGGGAGCGGGACCUGUUAAUGAUUGAUCAGCAUUGGAAAUGCAAAUGGACCUCGGUUCUGGGGUUGAACUGCGGAUCCAGUGGGCCACGGAGGAUUAGACUUAAGCCGUCCGCGUAUCAGGGCUCGGCAUCAGGAUGGAAGCGUCUUCCUGAAACUCUCUUCAUCUUGCCCCACUGAAAGCAAUUUGUGGCAGCUCACCAACCGUCCUCCUGUCUUCCCACCUUGGAAUCUAACCGUGACCGACAAAGGCUUCUGACAGGAUUGGCCGGACCCGCUCCCAGGAGGGGCAGUCCUGCGCCCCCUGCCGAUGCCCAGGCUUUGUCCAGAUGCCCAGGCAUCCCCGAGACGCCCGCGGGGAUUGUGAAGCGAGGGGGAGCCAGAGAUGCAGGGGGACAGCGUGGCCCGGAGCUUCGGCUCGGCUCUUCUGAAGCCUCGGAUGCUCUCCGUGCGCCGGGGGGAGCCGGCGGCCGGCUGCAGCCUCCGCACAGCCUCCGUGGAGAAACGGAUCAGGGCCGAGCAGGCCCGCCGGCUGCACGAGCGGGUCCUGGACUCCCUGUCCCGCUUCCAGGACUGGCUGCGGGGGGCAGAGCUGUGGGCCGCCUCCCCCGCUUCCUCCCAGGUGCCCUUCGCUGUGGCCAAGGAGGAGCUCAAAAAGUUCGAGGUGCUGGAAAGGCAGAUCCAGGAGAAGUUGCACCAUCUGGAGUCCUUAAACAGGCAGUAUCGGCAGCUGGUUCAGGCCAACAGCAUCAGUUUGCAGGGCCGGCUCAAGGCCGCGGUCCAGGAGAGCAACCAGCGCUGGGACAACCUCCAGAAACGAGCUGCUGCCAUUCUCAAGAGACUGAAGUAUUUUGUUGGCCAGCGGGAGGAGUUUGAGUGGGAGCGGGAGACCGUGCAGGUGUGGCUGACGGAGCUGGAUCUGCGGCUCACCGAUGUGGAACAUUUCUCUGGGGGCAGCUCGCUCGAGAAAAUGAUGGAGCUGCAGGAGUUCCAGGAGGCCGUGCAGUCCAACGCGGAGCGGCUCGACUGGCUGCUGGUGUCCGGCGAGCGGCUGAUCCAGAGGAGCGAGCCGCAGGACGCCGAGAUCCUGGAGGAGGAGCUGCAGGAAUUGAGCUGCUACUGCCAGGAGGUCUUCUGGCGGGUGUCCCGCUUCCGCCGCCGGCUGGUCAGCAUGCGGCUGGUCUUUGAGGACGAGUGGCUGUCGGACCGAGAGACCGACGUGGAGUCUGACCGCUUCACAGAUGCAUCACUGAAGCCUGAGGUCGAGGGAGAAGCCAGGGGGCCCCAUCCCGCUGCUUGGAUCUACCAGUCCACCCCGCACAAGGCUCUCUGCUGCCGGCGCUGCCAUCCGUUCGGGGCUGCCUGGAGGGGCAGCCUGGACCUGGAGUGGGACCCCUCGGUGGACGUGGGUGGGUCCACGUCUCAUGACGAAGAGCGUUCAUCUUACUGCAGCGCCAUCACGGGUGUGGGCCAGUGGGAGGAGUCGGGCUGGAGGUGCAGCUGCCAGCCGGACGCGCCCGCCAGCUGGCCGGCCGGAUGCGGGAGAGGCGCCGGCCACGAGGACUUGAAUGCGCAGCUGGGCUCCCAGGACAGGCCUUGUCUCUCCCUGGCGACCCAGGACAGGCCUUGUCUCUCCCUGGCGACCAGAAGGAAGGUGGAAAUUGCCUGGGGCAAUUCUGGGAAUGGCCCUCGGCAGGGCAGCUGGCAUCCCCAGGGCCUGGCACUGGGGGACGAGGCCUGCCGCCAGACAGAGAUGGUGGGCUUUGACCCCGAGCGGAUUGAAAGCUGGCUGGGCCAGACCUGCGUGGAGCAGGGCAAGCCGGAAGUGAUGCAGCCCUGCGAGAGGAGUCAGGCCGGUCCCGGCUCUGAGGACGUGGCAGUCGUCAUUGAGAAGGGGCCUAUGUCGCAGCCCUCGGCUUUCCCAGAUCAGCCUCGCCCGGGCCCCAGGAUCCUGGCCAGAAUGAAGAGGCUGCUGCUGUCUGCGGCUGGGCUGCUCCUGCUCCUCCUGGCCAGCACCUCCUUUCUCUCCCUUGCUGAAACCCCCUGUUACACCCGGUCCUUCCAUUUCAUGCUGAAGUACGUCAACGGGCCACCUCCUACGUAGGCGUGGUGGGAAAAUGCCACCGAGAGCCCACGGUUUCCCCAGUGGCGGGGGCAGCUCCAAGCGGGGAGGGGUCGCUUCCCACCAUUCAGUGCUACCCUCAGGUGGAUUUUCCUUGGGCAGCCGCUGGGCCACCCGCUUCGGAGGAAGGUCCCAACCUCCGGACGUGCCCAGGUACGCAAGGAGCCUGCCCGUGAAGGAUCCUGCCGGGGCCUUUGGAAGAAGCUCAUCGGUACCGCCAGAGCUGACCCGCACAAACCCAGAAGCUUAUGGCUGGAAGGAACCUCAAGAAAUCAGCUGGUCCCACCGCUGCACCGAUCAAGGACCGAGGGUGACCAGACAGCAAAUGUGAAAAAUUGGGAUGGGAGGGGGGGUGGUAGGAGCCUAUAUAAAAGAGAGACCUAAAAAUUAUGAUUGUCCCUAUAAAAUUGGGACAUCUGGUCACCUUACAAGGACCCCUUGUGUUCAUUGUCCUUGGCAGGUCCACUGCUCCCCAGGGAAUGGGGCUGGUUGGAAAAUUCUCCUGUUCUCUGACAGCAAAUCAGGACUCAACCCACCACAACAUGCCCCCAGGCCCACCCAGAUCUGAGUCUCUGUAAAUGCCAAGUUUAAGUAAAUGUGUUGAAGUGAAUUUA